UUGACGCGUCGCGACGCUCGACACGCCGCCUCCGACGCCGGUCACGUGCUUAGUCGAAAUCGCGAAAAAUGAGCGCCGCGGGAGAGUUCUGUUGCUGAAGUUGUAGGAAAAGAAAGAUCACACCCUGGGGGUUCCACGGGACCGUGAACCUUCUCGACGACGCAAGCUCGACGGACGGGGCCGCCCGAGGCCCAGCAAACGUCCGUCCCUGGACACGACACCAAGCAGCCAUGUGCACGCCGGUAUACCGCUCAUAGUGGGACGUGGGCCACGGUGGCAUCUCACAGAACAUGGAGGUGGAGGUACGGGAGGAGGCCUCUCCCGGGGGAAGAGCCGACUCCACCAGGCUGCUGGUCAACAACACGCCUGCUUAUCCUGUGGCAGACGGACCAGUGGUGAUAGUCCGUGUCGAAGAGGUGCUGCUCGUGGUCCUGGUGCUCAUGAUAUGGGUAGCUGCCAUUGCCUUGUUCUUCAACCGAUGGGGGAAAAUCCGCAUGUUGGAGCCGUACCAACCCAAAUUUCACCAUCAACCCCAUCGACCGUCUUGUCCUCUGGCCCCACUUAGCCCCCCCGGAGCUACUCAAGUGAGCAACACCAUUCCCAGAGCGCAGAAACCGACAACUCAAAGAAUGUCCUUUUCAAAAUACAACGUCAACGCCAUGACUGACCCCUUGUCAGCCCUUCCAUCGCCCAUUAUACGACGGCCUAGGCAGAAUUCCGUGUUUGUCGGAAGCUCAACGAUGGCCAUUUUAAACCCACCCCCACGCCGUGUCAAAUCCGCCAUCGACAUCCAGCAUAUGGUCCUGAACGAACACAGUCCCACGUCACUUACAGGUAAUAGAAAAGGUUCUGUCAUCCCCAUCCUCAACCGCGACCGCCGCCCCUCGAUCACCAUCGAGCGCCCCCGCCACCGGCCGUCCAUCACCGUCGUCGACCGCCCGCCCCCUUCGCAGCGCUACCGCCGUUCCUCCUGCUUCGUGGAGCGCCCCUCCCGCCCCCAUCGCAACUUCAUCAGCUUCGACCACCCCUUCAACGAGCGCAAGAUGUCGGUGGCGGUCGAGACCCCCUCGUGCAGCUACCACCAGCCCACCAUCAGCUUCGAGGCCCACGUGGAGCCCUCCUCCAUCGAGGUUCUGCCCCCCAAGCUGCCCAAAGUCUCGCGCAGCUUCGAGCAGCCCCCCCGGGAACGCUCGAAGCCCGAACGCAUGGCCAACAGCCUCGAGAUCGGGUCAGUCAGCUUCGACAGGCGGUGCAGCAUACCGGAGGAGGACCGAUCGUCGCCGGUCUUCAUUUGCAUGGACGAGUCCAAGAUCACGGCGCCCCUCCUGGAGGGGCUGAGGAGCUCGGAUGUGUGAAGAAUGAAGAUGUAGCGCCAGAUAGAGAGUUCAUGUAUUUUUGUAUCGAUGAUAUAGCUUUAACUCUGUUGGUGCUUCAGAGAUU